AUGGCGCCCUCGACUUUGAAAAGGGUCUUUGCUCUCCUCGCCCUUGCCACGAUCGGCAGCACCAUCACCGUCUCCGACUCCACAAAUGGCCUUCCCGGAAUUGACGCCCUAGCCACAACACCGUUGCCGAUUUCCGCUACACGCAAAUCCAGGACGGCUCGCCGACGAGUCGAGCCAGGAAAUGGGUCGUCGGAGCCCAUGUCGGGAUUGGCGGCGCUCGGCUGUGUGCAGGUUCCCGCUCUCGGCAAGGCUGAGAUGUCCGAUCCUCACAUGACGCCGCAGGUCUGUCGGGAGCGCUGCGCCGCGGCGGCAGAGGGUGCUGCAUUUGGAAUCGCCGCCGCGACGAAGUGUUACUGUGCUGUCGACGUCGCCCUCCUCACGGCCGUAACGGACGUGGAGCCGUCGUGCACGCUGCCAGCCUGUCCCGAUGGCAGGCGCCUGCCCUGUGGGGGCGAGGCGGGGAUGAUGAUGGUCUAUGCGGCGACGGACGCUGAGGCUCCGGGCUCGGGACGCACAGAGGGACUUUUGUUAUCCGAGGCCGCGGGGCGCCACGAGAGCGAGAACGAGGGGGAACGCGUGGAGCUGAGGGCAGCAUCUCCUGAAGCGUUUCCUGACGAUGGUGAAGAGGACGGUGAUGUCGAUGAAGAUGACCACGAGCCGUCGUCGGCGCCUGGCGGUGUCCAUCUCGGCACGACGGCGACGAUAGGGAUCGCCGUGGGCGCAGUUGCGCUGUCGGGCGUUAUCACAGGUAUCGUCAUGCUGCUGUUCUGCCGUCGGCGACGAGGCCGUCAGGAAAAAAGUCGGGGGACUGACAGGUCCCGCGGGCGGGGGAUCUACGAGCGUGCAGGGCCUAUGCCACCUAUGCCGCCGCCGCUUUCCACCGAUCGAGGACCGCGGAAGCCUCACGAUGCCAUGGCCGUGACUGUCCCAUAUACGAUACCGGAAUCACAGGAUCGGGGACCGGGUCGAGACACGUUUGAGAUGUCAGAACGGUGGAGGUAG